CUGUACAGCAUGUGCUUACAAAACAAGAGGUUGACCGUUCACCGACAGUUCUCUCGACAUUCGACAUCCACGACGCCAUCUUCCUCUUCUUCCUCUUUCUGCAUUGGCAGAGACGAAGGAAAGCGGGGGGAUAUUCAUUCAAAUAAUUCAAAGGAAAAAAACACAAAGGGAGGAAAGACCCGAAGAGAGUGAACGAUGAGCGGAGCUAAAGCCCGCAGCGACGCGCCUGUUGCUGAAAAUGUCUCCGGCGGCGGGCACAGCACUGCGGCUCCUCAGCGGGACCGUAAGCCUGGCGGAGGGGUUCUGAAGAGGCUCAUCCGGAGGAGUCAGGUGGACAGCAGGCCCGUCACGGAGGAGGACCUGCGGACACAGAGUGGGCACAUCACGCCGGAGGAUGUGUUAGGACUGCGGCUGGCUACGCGAGGGUACCUCUGUAAACCUGAGGACAAUAUUUAUAACAUCGACUUUGUACGCUUUAAGAUCAGGGACCUGGAGACUGGCACUGUCCUGUUUGAAAUAGCCAAGCCCCCUCAUGCAGAUGAUGAUGAGGAGAAUAGAGAGGCCGACGCCAGCGCAGGACGAUUUGUACGCUACCAAUUCACUCCAGCUUUCCUGCGCCUCAGGACCGUGGGAGCUACGGUAGAAUUCACGGUUGGAAACCGGCCUCUAAACAACUUCCGCAUGAUCGAGAGGCACUACUUCCGUGAACACCUGCUGAAGAGCUUUGACUUUGACUUUGGCUUCUGUAUCCCAAACAGCCGAAACACCUGUGAGCACAUCUAUGAGUUCCCUCAACUGUCUGAGAGCCUGGUCCGUCAGAUGGUGGAGUGUCCUUAUGAGACCCGGUCAGACAGCUUCUAUUUCGUGGAGAACAGACUGGUCAUGCACAACAAGGCAGACUAUGCUUACAACGGAGGACAGUGAUAUCUGCCUGCAAGCAUGCAAACACACACAAAAACACACAUGUACCCACAUUUACAGAUACACAUAGACACAUGCAUGCACAUAGCUGAUCGUACAUGCAGUUCUUCCACUCAUACAUGCACAAGCAGCUACUGAUCCGGUUGAAUUGCUGCAUACAUUUCUAAAGAUGAACUGUCAGUCAUCGGGAUUAUUAUAACAGGGUGUGUUUGAUAUUAAAGGAGGCGUUCUCUGUCAUAAUAACAGAAGUAUCUAUUUAGAAAAGAGUUCAAAAAGGGUAAAUGUAUCUGCAUUUAAUUAUGAACAGAUGUGUUUUAUUCCAAAAAAGGACAUAUCACUCUAGUGGCCAUGUGUUGUGUGUCUCAAACAGACCAAAUGGUUAUUACUGAGUCCCUCUUGGCAAUUUUAAAAGUGUCCUACCACCCCCUCGACACACACACAUCCACAUAGACACACACACAAAUAUGCUCAAUCCCCAAAUGACACACAUAGUGUUUACGCAGUGUGUCAGAAGCAGCUGUUCUCAGAGCUACCGCCUCCACAAUCCACUCCAGACAAUAUUGGGGGAGAAAGGGAGAAACCAUCCACAAAGACACUCCUGUCAAACACACAUGGUCACUCCAGCAUCUCCCUUCCCAUCUCCCCCUCCUCAGUGGAUCUCCUACAUACACACAAGUACAUAAACAACAGUACUGUAUCAGGUUUUGAUCAAAGGGUUUUUAAGAUCUCUGAUAGAGUAGGUAAAGAUGAACUAGGAAACAUGUGCAACCAAUCAAAGACUGCAAUUUCUUGUAUUGAAAAGUUAAAAAAUUUAAUUUCAAGCCAAAAAAUUCCCACGAGUACAGAAGCCCUAAGCGUCCGUACAUUUCAUUUAUGACGUGUAAUUUCCAACUGUUUUUUUUAGAUAUCAACUUAUUUUUUAAAAUUUCUCUCGAUAACAAAGCUUGUUUUCUGGUGAUAAGAUUAUAAUUUUCUGGUGAUCUAGAAAACAAAACAAAGGGCUGGUCAUAGUGAUAGGCCAGACCAAGAUAUGCCAUUCUGCCGUUGUCCACACUAAUAAGGUUAAGCCUAUUUCUGUUUGUUUUGUGCUUUUGGAACUCUGGGUAAGUGUGUUAUGAUUAUCUGACACUGAGAAUUCUUAAGAAAACUACUGAAACGGACUCGUUAUCAUGGUAAAAUAGAGUAAAUAAACAGUAUAGACGCAUGUCUGUUUAGGACAUCCAUACAUAAGUUUUAAGAAGGGGCAAAAACUGUUUGAUAACAUGAAUCAUUUGAUGGUGAAAACAAAAAAUACAACAUUUGUAAGAAAUUGUGGUUUUCAUUGUAAAAAAGAAAAGAAGAGGUGUUCUCGGCCUACUAGAAGAGUUACCUUCUUGUAGAGUCUCAAUACACAUCCUUGGUCCCCAUCUGAGGUUUUAAAUUGCAUUUUUUUUAAUCAUAAGUCUUUCACGCCUGUCUUAAAACAUAAAAAUCAAGUUGGAAUAUGUUUGGAAACUGAGUGGUCUUUCUUCUAGCUAGAUAGUGUUCUUUCUACUUGUACUUUGUAAACUUUGGUGUUCAGGGUUAAAGAUGGUGUUUGUAAAAAAAAUCUAUAUAUACUUUGUAAAAAGUGAUUGAAAAAUAAAUGUACAUUUUCUGAUA